AUGGGAAAGAUUAUCUUUUAUGAGGACAGGAACUUUGGCGGCCGUUACCAUGAGUGCAUGAGUGACUGCUCUGACCUGCAUUCCUACUUCAAUCGCUGUCACUCCAUCAGAGUAGAAAGUGGUUGCUUCAUGGUUUACGACCGAACCAACUUCAUGGGACACCAGUACUUUCUAAGAAAGGGCGAGUAUCCCGAUUACAUGCGUAUGAUGGGAAUGAAUGAUUGCAUCAGAUCCUGUCGUAUGAUCCCAAUGGUAAAGACCGAAGCUAAUCAUUAUCUAAAGCUCUAUGAGCGCUCUGAUAUGGGUGGCAGGAUGAUGGAGCUCACGGAUGAUUGCCCUAAUCUUAUGGACCGCUUCAAUAUGUUCGACUUCCAUUCCUGCCAUGUGAUGGAUGGUCACUGGCUUAUGUAUGAGCAGCCCAACUAUAUGGGCAGGCACUUCUACCUGAGGCCCGGCGAGUACAGGAGGUACAGUGACUGGGGUGGUAUGAGUUCCAGGAUGGGCUCUGUCAGACGAAUCAUGGAUCUCUAA